AUGCAGCAUCUCAACUCAUCCAACAGUUCAACCAUUUAUCUCCCACCUGAAAAAAUAGCUGCUAGUUGUGUAAUGGCACUUUGCUUUUUACUGGGGGUACCUGGUAAUAUAGCAGUGAUGGUUCGUCUUGCUGGAUGGAUAAAGGGAGACAGUUUUACCACGAGGCUGAUGAUGAGCCUGGCUGCAUCAGAUCUGCUUAAUCUGCUUUCUCUGCCAUUGUGGAUAUUUGCUCUUCUGCACAGCUGGAUCUUUGGUUUGUUCUUAUGUAAGUUCCUCUCUUAUAUGGUUUACUUGAACCUUUACUGCAGUAUACUGUGUGUGAUUCUGCUAAGUGUGCAGAGAUACAUACAGAUUCUUCAUCCUCAAAAAUGGUCCAAGCUUGGCAGAAGAGGUCAGAAGAUCCUUGUGAGUGGUGUAUGGCUGCUGAGCGGAGUAUUUGCAUCAUAUAGUCUCAUACGGCGCACUGUACUGAGAAAUAACAGAAAGCUAAUGUGUGUGUCAGACUACCAGAAUGACAUAGAGCAAGUGGCUACUUCACUUUGGGAGACUUUAUUGUUGGCGGUGUCAUUCCUCAUACUGACUUACUUCUAUUUUCAUCUUUACACAGGAGUGAAUAGGUUGGUUUUCUUAAAAAGUCACAAAAUUGCAAAACUGCUGACCAGAAUUGUGGUGAUCUUUUUUGCUUGUUGGGUCCCAUACUUUAUCAACAAUAUUGUGCUCAUCGCUGCAGUGUUGCUCAAAAAUGGCAGUGUGAUAAAACUCGCAAAAUCUGGAAACCACAUUACCAGAGCUUUGACUUUCAUCAACAGCUGUGUAAACCCGUUUCUGUAUGCCUUCUCUUCUCGGGCUCUACGGCAGCAACCAGCUGAAACAGAAAAGUCUGAAGCCCAUUAG